UUAAGUGGUUAUAUUUUUAAGUAUAAGAGAUGUCUGCUCUAUUGCUGCUUUGAUAGAGGAGAUAUCCCGAGCAAUGAUUAUUAAGAAAGCUGUGGUUAUCAUAAAAAAAUAAAGUUACAUCUUGUUCUGAUCACUACAUUUUAGCAGCAACUCAGCAAGCAGUACAGGAUAGGUUACUACUUUAUAUAUGGUAAAAAUUAUUUCUAUAUAGUAAGAAUAAACAGUAGAGCAACUGCUACUUACAGAAACUGAUUUAUAUUGCAGAAUAGAUUGUAAAAUUAGUACCAACUCUAAAAUUUGCCAGCAAUGGCAAAGCGUUAACUAAAAUCAAAUAUCUUAGACAAAGAGUUGGGUAUUAAUUAUAUCUAGUUAUGCACACUAUUUGAUAGAAACAUUGGGACCGCCAAUACAAACAAGUACCAAGUGAACUUGAAGAUCAUAAGGAGAAAUCUGU